GCGCUAGAAUACCGUGAUUCUCGGAGAACACCGAGAGUCAUCGAUUUGACAAGUUCCUCGGGUAGGGCUGGUCCCGACUCGCACAGAACGUGAUGCCAGGCGAAGAAAAGAAAGACACCGACGAGCGACGGACUUCUGGGGAUGAUUCGGAAGACGAGAGCGAGGUUCUCGAAGAAUCGCCAUGUGGUCGUUGGCACAAACGGAGGGAGGAGGUUCAACAGAGAGACAUUCCGGGAAUCGACGCCGCUUAUCUCGCGAUGGACACCGAAGAAGGCGUCGAGGUUGUAUGGAAUGAAGUCAACUUCAGCGAACGUAAGAACUUCAAAGCCAUGGAGGAGAAAAUCAAAGUCACAUUCGACUCGCUGGCACAGCUUUCUCAUCCCAACAUAGUGAAGAUACAUAAGUACUGGAUCGACGAUCAGAAAGAAGGACCUCCUCGAGUCAUAUUUAUUACGGAAUACAUGAGCUCCGGCUCCGUGAAACAGUUCCUCAAACGGACCAAGAGAAAUGCCAUUAAGGGUUACCAGGUUACGAUAAACUCUUGGAAACGAUGGUGUCGUCAGAUAUUAUCUGCGCUCUACUAUUUACAUUCCUGCAAACCUCCUAUACUUCACGGGAAUCUCACAUGUGACACGAUUUUCAUCCAACACAAUGGCCUGAUCAAAAUCGGGUCCGUUGCGCCAGAUGCCAUCAAUAUGCACGUCAAGACGGUGCGUACGACUCAGCACUUGGACAACGUGCAUUUCGUUGCGCCCGAGUAUUCUGCCAAAACAUCAUUUUCUCUCAUUACGCCCGCCGCCGAUGUGUACUCGUUCGGCAUGUGCGCUUUGGAAAUGGCUGCAUUGGAGAUACAGAACGGAGGCGGGUCGGAGAUCAUCACGGAGGAAGCAAUUCAGAAAACAAUCGACCAGUUGGAGAACGAUCAACAGAAAGAUCUCAUAAAGCGAUGUCUCAACAAUCUGCCACGGCUCCGUCCGACCACGAGAGAGCUUCUUUUCCAUCCUGUUCUAUUCGAAAUCUACUCUGCGCAAGUAUUGUCGGCCCAUGCAAUCGUCCAGAGCUCGUGGUACCAACCGGAUCAGCUAACGGACAAGGCUAUGCAGCUCCGAUACUCUCAGGUUGACGUGGUGGCCGAGAUAACGCAUCAAGAUGGUCGCGAGGGAGUCGCCAUAAAGAAGAAACAAGUUCCUGCACUAGAACUAGAAAAGCUCCUCGAGGAUGUUCGGAACGGGAUCUUCCCCCUGACAGCUUUCGGGCGUGGCCCCAACCCGGUAUCUCGAGGGUUCGGUGUGCGACCUCGAACCCCAGAACUUCCAGAGAGCAAGAUCAGCCCUAGUCCAGCGGAAUACGAUCCUGAGACCCGAAGGAUUCUCAACAUAAUGUGUAACAUAAAACAGGAAGAGGUUCUACCCGCCCCCAGUGUCCCUGGUGCCACCCCAGUACCAAACGCUCAUCAAUCGCAUUCCAUGGUAUUGACCCUCUUAUUGAGAUUCGAUGAUAAGAUGAAUCGCCAGUUGUCUACUAACCUCACGACACCAGAGGAGGUGCAAACCCUAACACAGGACCUGGUUCAGUUGGGGUUCAUCAACAAAGAAGAUUGGGCAAUGGUUGAUCAGGUACUCAUGGACACCAUGAAGCGGUAUUUGAAGCAACAACUCAUGGGUACCGUUCUAUCACCCGAAGACACCGCAGAACCUCUAGAGAUCCAAAGCGUAAUGGGUCCACCGCAUCAUGAUGCUAUCAUGCAUCUUGCCUGAUCGGAGGCUUCAGGCUCCCAGAGGACCGCGAAGCAGCUGGAUUCCUGGAAGAGGCCAGGGAGUUGUGCCUUGUCUUAAGCUUUGUCAUCAUGGGAGAGAGCAGUCAGUGGAAGAUUUUGACAGCGUAGUAUGUGAUCAUAUUGAGCGCGCG